GUAAUACUGGUCUCUGUCACCAUCAUUCUGCCCUUGGCACUGAUGCGGCAGCUUGGCUACCUAGGCUACUCCAGCGGCUUCUCUCUCAGCUGUAUGGUGUUCUUCCUAAUUGCAGUCAUCUACAAAAAGUUCCACGUGCCCUGUCCACUGCCCUCCAACUUUGCCAAUGUCACAGGCAACUUCAGCCACAUGGAAGUCAUUGAGGAGAAGGCACAGCUGCAGGUUGAGACUGAGGCUGCAGACCUCUGCGCUCCGAGCUACUUCACACUCAACUCACAGACAGCAUACACCAUCCCCAUUAUGGCCUUCGCCUUCGUCUGCCACCCUGAGGUGCUGCCCAUCUAUACAGAGCUCAAGGAUCCCUCCAAGAAGAAGAUGCAGCACAUCUCCAACCUCUCCAUCGCCGUCAUGUAUGUCAUGUACUUCCUGGCUGCCCUCUUCGGCUACCUCACCUUCUACGAUGGGGUGGAGUCGGAGCUGCUGCACACCUACAGCAAAGUGGACCCAUUUGAUGUGCUGAUCCUGUGUGUGCGUGUGGCCGUGCUGACAGCAGUCACACUCACAGUGCCAAUCGUUCUGUUCCCGGUGCGCCGUGCCAUCCAGCAGAUGCUAUUUCCAGACCAGGAUUUCAGCUGGCUGCGGCACGUACUAAUCGCCAUUGGCCUGCUCACUUGUAUCAACCUGCUGGUCAUCUUUGCCCCAAACAUCCUGGGCAUCUUUGGGGUCAUCG